GCAACAAUCUUGCUUCAAUACGCACGUGGAUAUUUUUUGACGACGUAUCUGAUUGGUCGAUGUUACCGUGUUCGCUUGCCAGUCGUGUUUGUUUCCCGCGCGAUUUCUGACACCUUAGCACUGGCUUUGUUACCGAAUUUUUGACGGAAUGUUAGCGUCAGCAUUUUAUCCGAAAAUAGUUGUCCUUCUUCAAUAAUAUUUUAUUGCAUAACAAUGCUUCGAACUAGAAAUACGCGGGGUAAGAAGCCAGAGCUAAUAGGUAAUAUAAGAAAAUCGACUAAGAUUAACCCAUUCACACGAACCAAUAAAACUUAUGAGGCAUUUAGAUUUAAUGAUGUGUAUGCACAUGUUGGCGAUUAUGUAUUGGUAUGGAAUGCAGAACCAGAUGAGCCUGGCACAUUCAGAGGCUGUGAUGUAGCUAGGAUAGAACAUCUGUAUGAAUCAACGGGCCAUAAAGACAAAUAUAAAGCGAAUGUGCAAUGGUACUCGUGGCCAAGCAAAAUGCCGCAGAGCGUUGAUAGUGAACAUAUGGAUGAUAAAUAUGAAAUUGUAGAAGAUUACAGAAAAUUCAAUUGUGAUGUUAGCUUAGAUACCAUUACUGCAAAGUGUACCGUGAUUUUUGUAUUUGAAGAUGAGGUACCGGAAGAAAUACAUAAUAAAAACAGAGUUGACGAUGACACAGUAUUUGUCUGUCGUUACAGACUUGUCCAAAAACGAUUUAAGUAUUAUCUUGAACCAGUCAUGGACUUAAAUGAUUUAUCUUGCGGCUCCAAUGAGAAUCAACAUUAUUCAGCGAACAGAAACAAGCUUCUGUUAAAAUAUAAACCAAAUUCACUUGUACCUGAAACUCCUGAACAUAAUCCUAAAGAAACAUAUACAGUUCGUCAACUCAGAGCAGCAAACAGAAGUAGCAUUUCAACAUCAGAGUCCACUAUUUCCUGUUCAGAAAAUAAAUCAGAAAACCAAGUUUACGGGGCCUUAAGAUCUGCAAUGCGAAAGUUUUCCAUGGAUUCUGACACUGAAGACUCAGCAACUUAUUCAUCGAUGAAACGUGGAAGUGUUCAUCAGGAUUCAGAUAAUGAGAACUCUCUGAAUAUUACUCCAAAAAAGAAUCCCACGAAAAACGUGCGUAAGAGGGAGACACCUUUGACGAAUAAAAGUCUCAAUACUCUGCUUUCUGAGCCGGAUGGUUCAAAUUUCAUCAAACAUCAGUCCACUUCGACGAGCACAACUACUAGAAACCCAAAUAAAAAUGAUGAAGUAGUUGAAUGUACACCAACGAAGGCAGAGUUGAAUUAUCUGGUGAGGAAACGGUCUAGACAACUGAUGAGCAGUAGUGAGGAAAGCUUAGAACCAAGAAGUCGAAGUAUCUCACCUGAAAUUGACUAUGCUGGUCCCCCAGCAGCAUUCAAGCUUUGUGAAACUGACGGUGAAACUUAUGUGAUCAAGAAACCAAUUAAUAUUGUGAAAAAGGUGUCUAAAAAAUUAGAUGAUUCGACUAUAUUUUCUUUGUUAUCGUCAGAUGAUUCUGAUGAGUCGAUUUUAGAUUUCUCAGCCAAAAGUGGUGUCAAAAUUGUGGCAAAAUCCAAAUCAGAAGGUGUACCAUUCGAGCUAUUGAACAGGGCAAAUGAAAAUGUCGAAUCAUCGGAAGAAAUUACUCAAACAGCACCAUCGACCAGCGCAAGCCGUGAUUUAUCAGUAACUUUGGAAACUGAAGAUGUUCGUGAAACGCAAAAAAAGUUACUUCUAAAAAAACUCGCAGAUAAACGAGGCGAUGCUCUGCUUCGGAUCAAAUUACGUCGUUCCUCUGAACAGAGUAACUACAAAAUUGAUUCUGACUCAGACAACAAUACAAAUAGUAAAUUGAGUAGAGGAACCACUAUAAGUACACCAAAAAGUAUUCUAAGAGUCAGUUCAAAGGUGUCAGGUACUCCAAGUGUGCAGUUAAGCAAUUUAGAUGAGGUAGAGGAACAUUCUCCAACAACUGAAAUUACUAAGAAAUUACGCAAAGUGCAAAUCAAACUGAAACGAAUAGAUUCAACAGAUUUCAAAAAGUCUACCCAAACAAUAAUAGCAAAUCCACAGGAUUCAGAUUGUUAUGUAAUGGUUUCUCCAUCGACAAAGGCAAGUGUUACUUCUAACAAAAGACUCCGAAGAACUAUUAGCAAUGAUGAUCAGGAUAUUCCUAGUUCAGACAAGAACAUAAUCAAGAAUCGAACUACACGAUCAAUGACCACUACUAAUUACUCCAAAAGCCCCAAGAAGUCUAAUAUCACUACGGACGAUAAGAUGGAGUACACCAGUGACAAAACUGAUGAAUCUGAUGCUGAAAACAAUGCCAGUAAAGCUACACGGAAGACAAGGUCAGCCAGAAAUGGAAUGAUAAAUCGUAAUCACAAGGUUUUACCGAAUCAGGCAAAAACACCAAAGAAAUUAUCAGAAGUUCAACAAAAAGAUUCUACUGCAGCUAAUAUAAACGAAAAUGAAAACUACAAAUUCAAUGCGACACCUAAAAAAUGCAAAACAACUCCAAGUCUUAGAGGGAGAAAGUUAAUUGAAAAAUUGGAAGCAUCAACACCGAAGCGUAGUAUACCCACAUCAAGGGUCCAAACUCCAUCAAGAGCUGUUAAAAAUGGUUUACUGACUCCGUCGAUGCGUCAACGUAAUAUUCACAUUUCCAAGCCUUCUACCCCUCUCCAAGAAGCCAGGGCUCGCUUACAUGUCAGUGCAGUUCCCAAAUCUUUACCAUGCAGAGAGGAGGAAUUCAAUAAUAUAUACAUGUUUCUGGAGAGGAAAUUAAUGGACAAAAAUGGAGGCUGCCUCUACAUAAGCGGCGUACCUGGAACAGGUAAAACUGCUACAGUAAACGAAGUUAUACGCUGUUUGAAAAAAACAGUUUCCAAAAGCAAACUUCAUGAUUUCGAAUUUAUUCAAAUUAAUGGUAUGAAGCUGACCGAGCCAAGGCAAGCGUAUGUAGAAAUUUUAAAGCAAAUGACAGGCGAAAAAGCUACCUGGGAACAAGCCCAUCAAAUACUAGAGAAAAAAUUUAUGAAGGCUUCGCCUAGGUCACUUAUGACUUUACUACUUGUUGACGAGCUUGAUAUUUUGUGCAACAAACGGCAAGACGUGGUAUAUAAUUUGUUGGAUUGGCCAGCAAAAUCCUGUGCUCAACUUGUUGUGAUCACAAUUGCAAAUACCAUGGAUUUACCUGAGAAAGUUUUAAUGGGACGUGUUACUUCUCGAUUGGGUCUUACUCGGCUAACGUUCCAGCCUUACACUCACAAACAGUUGCAAGAAAUUGUAACUGCGAGAUUAAAUGAUUCGCAUGCGUUCAAAAGCGAAGCGAUACAAUUAGUAGCUAGAAAAGUGGCUGCAGUGUCUGGUGAUGCUCGAAGGGCAUUGGAUAUUUGCCGAAGAGCUACUGAAGUUGCAGAGAUGAACUUUACUGAGAUAGUAGCAAUGCAUGAUGUUAAUCAGGCCCUCACUGAGAUGAUUGCUAGUGCUAAAGUUCAAGCCAUAAAACAUUGCUCACAAAUGGAACGAAUGUUCUUGCAAGCUGUGUGCUCAGAAGUUGCACGGACUGGCGUUGAAGAAGUCACCUUCAAUAACAUUUUGAUUCAGUUGACGUCACUGUGCUCCUUAGAAGGUAUAAAAACUCCUUCAGUAACAGAAGCUAUAACAAUUUGCGCGAGACUGGGUGCUGCCAGAUUAUUAAUUUGCGAUCAUUCAAGGUUGGAUAUUUAUCAAAGAGUUUUAUUGAAUGUGUCGUCCGAUGAUAUUUACUUUUCAAUGCAGAAUAUCGAGGUUUAGCAUUUAGAAAAACAUCAUUCAUCAGAAUUUAUAUUUAUUUUAUUUUCAUGACUCGAGAAAUUCUUAUUAGGCAUUUGAUAAAAAUUAAAUUUGUAUAUAAUUACGAUUAUCACUUCGAA